UCCUACCACUCCAUGUCGGAGGAGAUCCAGGCGCUGGCGGACAAGACCGGCUUCACUUCAGAUCAAAUCGAGCACCUCCACCGAAGAUUCAAACAGCUAAGUGGGGAUCAGCCAACCAUUCGCAAGGAGCACUUUGAUCGCAUCCCGGAUCUGGAGUUCAACCCCCUCAGGGCCAAAAUCGUCCAUGCCUUUUUUGACAAGAGGAACCUUCGAGAGGCAUCUGAAGGGUUGGCUGAUGAGAUCAAUUUUGAGGACUUCCUGACUAUCAUGUCCAAUUUCCGACCCAUCGAGAUGAAUAUGGAUGAAGAGCAGCUGGAUCGCUUCCGCAAACAGAAGCUGAAAUUCCUCUUUCACAUGUAUGAUGCAGACAGCGAUGGGAAGAUCACCCUGCAGGAAUACAGAAAAGUGGUGCAGGAGCUGCUCUCAGGGAACCCCCACCUGGAUAAGGAGUCGGUGAGGUCCAUCGCCGACGGAGCCAUGAUGGAGGCCGCCAGCAUCUGCAUGGGGCAAAUGGAGCCGGACCAGGUGUAUGAGGGAAUCACAUUUGAAGACUUCCUUAAGAUCUGGGACGGAAUCGACAUCGAGACCAAGAUGCACGUCCGCUUCCUCACCAUGGAGCCAAUUGCGCCUUGCCACUAACCAAAGAGAAGCUGCGAUGGAGGUGCCUUUGGAGCGACCCGGGACAGAACGUCAGGUGGUCGAUACGGGUA